CAAAUUAUUUGUUAUAUAGUAGUGUCGAAAGUAUUAAAACAUCUUUGCUGCACAGGAGCGCAACCGGGGUAGUAAAUACUGUGUUUUGUAUCGCAAUUUUUAACAAAAGUAUAGUUAAGGUUUUGUUAGUUUUACCCUAAAUUAAUACUCCGUUUUUAGAACUGAAGAUGAUAGGAUAUCGUUAUCCAAUACAAGGUUUACAACCCUUCACAAAGACGUUCGGACAGCCGUUACAUGAACCAGAUGUAGAGGAAUACAGCUCAAAAGAGCCUCCACCUCCUCAGCAGAAUCAUGAUACUAUUGUUGAUGCAAAAUUUGCUGCAUCUCAGAUUGAAAAAUCAAUGAGAUUUUCUUAUGAUUCUGAUGAUUCAGAUGCUUCUGGUCAUUUAGAGGAAACUUCAGAACAGCAUCCACCACUGGAAGAUAAUGUUGAAUUUCUUGCCAAUCAUUCUGAUAUUUUAUCAUCAGAUGCUCCAAUUGAUACCAUCAACACUUUGAAAGCACUUAAAUAUCAUAUUGAAACCUCAGAAAAUAGAUGUUUUACCAACCUUGAAAGACAAUUACUGGCUACCAUAGUACAACAUGGUAUUUUCAAUGCCAAUAAGGAGGAACCUGAACCUAAUUCGAAUGAACAAGUUGAAUCAGAGGAGAAAGUUCAGCAAAGCGAAGUUCAGCAAAUGGAUGUGCAACCAAAGGAGACUCAAAUAAGUCAAGUACUUCAUGAAAGUACCUCAUCAAUCAGAAAUAAUCAAAAUGAGCUGGAAGUUAAUACUGAUAUUCAGUCUGCUCAUUCUUCUAUAACUCAAGUACCGCCGAACCUAGAGGAGAACCAUAUUCGGGAGAAUAUGACUCCCUCUGAUACUCAGUCAGUUUCUCGGAAAGCAUUGUUACCAACUCCUGGUUCAUAUGAUGAAGUAAGUCAUGUCAUUAUGUCAGAGAAUACAGGGGCAAUGAAUUUCAGUAAACCAACAUUGCCAAUUACAGAACAGAAAAAGUUGAGUAAAACUGUUAAAUCCUUAAAAAUAUCUGAUAAAUUGGCUAGAAUACAAAAUUCGUAUCAUCCUGAUGAUGAGCCAACAUUGCAGCUUCUUGAAUCAAUGGCCAAUAAGAAUGAAGAGGAAUCGGGUUAUGAUGACUUAUUAAAGUCAUAUUCUAAAACAAAAUCUCAACUCGAAGUAGAAAAAGAGCCAAAGUAUAAAUCUAAAACAAAGAUUUUACCUCCUUCAGCAGAAUUCCUGAAACGUCAAGAAAAGCAUAAUGCAUCCAGACACGAAAGAUAUGAAAAAAUGCAGUAUGAUUCUCAGAGUCACAGUUCCAAUAGAAGAGUUGUUAGAAGAGAAGAUUAUGAAAGAGAAAAAAGGAGUAAAGACCAGGAUCGUGAACCCAGUAGGCGCAGAGUAAAGCUGAAUUACAAAGAAGAUACACCAGAUCAUAAUCUGCAGAUUCCAAAAAGUCAAUCAUCAUAUCUGGAUAUGGAAAGGAGAGGAAAAAGAAAUUCUAAAAAUAAUUCUAAAAACAAUUCGAAAAGCAAUUCUCCUGAAACAGAAGUGGCAGUCGAGAAAAAUAUUAAUGCAAGUACAGAAGAAAAAGCAGUAGAUCUUCUUGCUAAUCUUAUUACUCAAAAGUUUCUUAGUACAAUGACUGAAGUGGAAGAACUUCCUGGGAGUAAAGGACAAGACAUGGAGCCUACUGCUCCACAGACUGUAGCUCAGCCUGUAUCCACUCUUCCAAGUAAUUUUCCGGCCCCUCCAUUCAUUCAUGGUCAUGGUCCUCCUUUUUUCCCUCCCCCUCUGCCUAUGAUGGCAACUAAUGUGCCUAUCGUGUCAGCUCCUCUACCAAUAGUCACAGGUCCUAUGAUGGUUCACCCUGGCCCUGUGAAGAGGUCAAAUUUGAUAACAAUCAAUUUAGAUACUAGUCCAAAGAAAACUAAGAAAAAUGUUGUUCUAAAGGAUGCACUGACAGAUUCUUCAGCAAUUGUGCUCACACAAGUUAUUGAUCUAGAUGUUGAAGAAGGAGAAAUAAGCUGAUUGUUUUUUCAUAUGUAUUUGUGUUACUUAAAAUGUUUCUACAUAAAUUUUUAAAUUUGAAAUAUAAUGUUUCAAAGAAAGAAUGCAAAAUUAUCUUUAUAGAUAAAUUUCUACCUAGGAGAAUAUUCUAACGACUUUGCAUUCCGUUUUUAUCAACAGUUUUUUAAUUUUGUUAUUUUGCAAUCAUAAAAAUCGGUUGUUACACUAUUCUACAACAUAGUUUAAUGGUUUCUAAAUAUGUACUGAAAUUAUUGAUAAUAUUGAUCUGUUUAUGUCACAAAUUAACAUUGUCAUGCACUGCUGAAUACUAUCAAGGCAAUUUAUUGAAAUUGAUGAAAAAACGUAAUUUUUGGUAUGCAAUUAAAAGACAGAGUUUAGCUAACAUCAAAACCCUAGCAAUGUUAACUUCGUUCCGAUUCUGAUUGUCAGCUGAGUUUCAAAAUAAGGGCACCAGUGGACGGAGUUUCGAUCACCGUUCACUAAAUAUUGAACUGUGAAUUGUCAUUUAGAUUUAGAUAGUUAGUUAAAACUUGUUUGUUGCUUUUGUUUGUCACCUCAUAAUGGAUCAACCAAAUUUGCCGUAUUCGGAGCCCUCCAAAACAUUUGGAAUAGGGCCGCCUCCACCCGACAUUGUGAAUCCGCUCGAUCGUUUAGCGAGACGACCUGCACGACUUGCUCCCCCAAAAAUCACGCCACCAUUUCCACUCCCAUUUUCUACAACACCUCAUUUGUCAGCCGCACACGACACUAUGUCUAUUAAUUUUGCGCCUCCUUCCCGUUCCAAAAUAAACUCUCAUAACUCUAGUACUAGUCCUCAAUCUGAUAAGCACAUGAAAGAUUCCAAUGAGUCCAGCCUUAUGAAUGAGCAAGAGAACGUAGUAGUAACAGACGUUAUCAAGAGGGAAGAUGGUGAUGAAGGAGCGAUUACGUCUGACGGAGAACUUCCUCCCCCUCCUCCGCCCGCCAAACUCUCUGAAGAUGGCGAUCAUUCAGAGGAAGGCGAAUGUGAUAGCGAGCCUGAAGAUGGCGAACUGGGAGAUGGCCAGGGUGAUCCAAAACGAAAGGAACACCGUCACACAGAAGGCCGAAGUAGAAGGGACGGAAGGUCGAGACAUUCUCCUCGUGACAAUGUCAUUCCUCUAGUGAAAAAGAAUCCUGGUCCACCUGUUCCUCAACUGGAUCCAGUGCAACGCAAAUUGGAACGGAUUGCCAGCAAGCAAUCCUCGCCUUUCCGGGAACCUAGUUACCGUGACAGGAACUUUAGAGAAAGAGGAGGUGAUAGAGGUCCUGAAAGAGGCCCAGAUAGAGGUCCUGAAAGAGGCCCGGAUAGAGGUCCUGAAAGAGGCCCGGAUAGAGGUCCUGAAAGAGGUCCGGAUAGAGGUCCUGAAAGAGGUCCGGAUAGAGGUCCUGAAAUGGAAGAUUCUAACAGGAAUAACGGUUCGAGUCACGAAGAAAGAUCCAAUCAAAGGGCCAGGUUCCCUCCUCGAGAUAACAGAAGCCUAGACAAAUACAGAAGAGAAGGAAGGAGCAUGAGACCCGGUGAUAUGCCCUCCUUGAUAUCCCUCCCUCCCAUGCCUGUUAUCUCGUCAUCGUCCAAAGGAAAAGUUCCAGAUUUUCCGCCUCUCUCCUUUGGAGCUAAUGCUGGAAUUCCGCCGCCAAUUCCACCUCUGAUUCCCCCUGUUCCUGGUGCUGCUUGGCCUCCUCCGCCAGGUCCUAUGGGUCCUUUGCCAGGGAGACACGAGAGAGGGAAAGACGGGAAAUAUGACGAUGUGAAAAUGAAGGAGAGUUUCGAUAUGUAUCAUAAAGCAUGGGAGAGUUACUAUGGAAUGAGUAAAGACAGACCAAAAUCUUCUCGCGAAAAGCCACCACACCCUGGUGACAGGAGGUCCCGUACUCCUGAAAACAGAGAUAAAUUCCCAGCGCCUCCACCUGCUGGUGGAGCUCAUGGUCCCCCUCCUGGAAUGCCAGGUCCCUUCCCUGGCAUGAUGCCUGGCAUGAUACCAGGCAUGCCGCCUCACAUGGCACCAAGAGCCGGAUCAAAGGAGAGUGCAUGGGAGCGUGGCCUUAAGGUUAGCAAGAAAAUUCGAGAGGAAGUUAGACGAAAUGAAAAGUCUGACGAAGAAAGUGACGACAGCCAUCCUGGAAAGUUGCAAAGCAAGAUCGUUAUGAAGGAAAACAGUGUCAAGUCCCGCUCUCCUAGUAAUCCACCGAAAGGGAAGUCAACCCGCAGAUUAUCUCCUCUUAGUGAUGGUGGUGCUAGCUCUAACGGACAGCACGGGCAGCACGCCCACCAGCCCUACCCUCCUCGACUUACACCAGAGAGAUACCGUGGUGCAUACGAGCGCAAGCCGCCCUCGCAUGAGGAUAUGAAGAAACCAAAAGCACCACAUCCUGGCGGAGAUGCCGCUUGGCAUGACCCGUGGAUGCGGCCUAACAGUCCUAAAGAUAGAAAGCGACAACAUUCGCGGUCAUCUAGCAGCUCAGAUAGCUCCAGCAAUGAUUCUGACUCCCCCCAACACAAGAGACUACAAGAACUGAAAAGACAUAUUGAUUUAGCAAAUAGACGAAGAAAAGCCAAGAAAGAUGCAGCCAAGCUUAAGAGACUUAAAGAGAAGCUGUCACCAUCAGAAUUUGAAUUGCUGACCAGAAAAAGGGCGAAACGACUGUCAGAUGCUGCCUCAAAGUCGAAACAUGAGUCAGACAGUGAUUCAGCGUCCGAUGAUUCUUCUUCAUCCAGCAGUGCUGGUUCUAUCAGUCCUGGGAAUUACGCUGGAAAACUAGCUGACUCUCCAACCUCCCCUGUGUCCUCACCAGACUUCAGUUACAAAGAUAAGAAGAAAACUAAAGAAGUUCUUAUUCGUCAGCUUCAAAAGGUUGAGAAGCAACUAGAAAAGAAGAAAAAGGAUGAAAAAAGGAGGCACAGCUAAUGCACACUGCACGCCACCAUAGAUCAUUUAUCAAAGAAGUUAAGAACUCAAGAAAUAAGGAAUUACAAAGAGUUUUGCGGUCAUUCUCAACCUGCCGCAAUAGAUAAACUCUGGAAAAUGAAAAUCUUUAUUUUCACCUAUUAAGUUUAUUGUGAUUUUAGCAAUCAUCUACGAAUAAUCGGAUGUGAGGAUGCAUUUAUUCUAUGCAUGCUGUAAACCAAUCCCUUUUGAUUCGAGCUAUUUUAACCUUAGCUUUAAUUUUAUGUGCUAUACAUUCCUAUGAUUUACAAGAUCAUGGAUUUUAAGUUAUUCCUAACAAGGAAACAUGAACGUAAUGUUUGUUGAAGGCCGACCUAACAUGAAAAAAGCCAUAUUCAUACUGAUUGAAGAAUGUGAUGAUAGUUUCUAAUACUUUUUGAGUACCCUAGAAAACUUAAAACUGUAUUUUAAAUCUAAUUUGAUUACCUAAUAUAAAGUGUUGUGAAAUGUUUUAACUGUAUCUAUGAAACUCAUAAGCUAUGUUUCCGUUUAUUCUAGACCCUGGUGACGGCUUCCAGGGUAAUGUUUGCGAUGCACAACUCACAGAAUACUCAACAGUCAACAUAUUGGUAUAUCAUGUAUUUUGCUAAAUUUCACUUUAAGAAAUUAUUUUGGAUUUAAAUUGGAUGUGAUUAUCAUAUAAUUAUAUUUUUAUUUUAUUCAAAGCCAAUCGGAAACUUUUGUGCGAUUUCGCUGCACUCGGCUGCAGUGGUUCACAUAUUUUACAGCUUAGUAUGUAUUUUACGCUGUAUAUUGUAUAUUACUAUUAGUGGUUUAUUCGUAGUAAAGUAUGUGGGACAGGUUCUUCACGUUGAUACUGUUUCGGGUUUUAUCCUGUGUUUGAUGUUUGGUCGUUUUAAUGGUUUUAUUCAAGUUCAGCCUCUUGUCCGCUACCCAUAUCUAAUCUUGCUAAACUUUAAACAUCAGAUUCGGAGCAAUGUCAGCCCAAAAGUUACAAACCCAAAAGUCUGCCGGUUCUGCCAGUUAUACUAACAGCCUGACCCAAUAGUGCGAAUUGCCCGCCCCGGCCCCCUCCCACUUCAAUGUUGCCCACUAUUUUAAAUUAUGUCUAAUUAUCUUGCUAAAGUGGGGGGGGGGGGGGGGGGGGGGAUCAUGAGUAUUUUUAAGAGUCUCAACGAAAAUGGCCAAAUUCUCAUUCUCAAAAAUUAUUUUUAAUUAUUUUUGAGAAACGUUUCCAGGAAAGGUGAAAAAAUCGUUCUCAUCUCAAUUGGACCACUGAUAUGAUCAUGAAGAAUGAUUUGGUAUAUCACUAUUUUUGAGUGGACAAUUUUUGAGAAAAUGAGAAAUCCAUGCUAAAUUUCUCAGAUUCAAAAAUAAUUUUUGAGACAUUUUCGAGUAUUCCCGGCAAAAAUGGUCAAAUUCUCAGAUUCAAAAAUUCUCAAAAAAUACUCAUGAUUAACCUCGCCCCCCCCCCCCCCCACCCCUAAAGUUAAGAUAUGUAGAUCAUGUGAGGCCUGAGUUGGUACUUAAACGUUGGGUUGGUAACUUACGGGCCUCUCUGUUGUUGAACAUAGACUUAGAAUUCGAUAGCUAUAUUUUCCGAUGAUAUCUCUGAAAAGUUUGUUUUGAGAUGAUUAAAAUGUUUGAUGUAUAGGGUGCUUCAUUCUUAUUUAUUAUUAUUGACAAAAUUUCCGUUUUCU